CGCACCUAAAACUUCGGUGCAGUUUGAUGAUUCAUUGUAUUACGGCCAUUUCCGUUUAAGCCACACCAUGCAAAAUGACAUGCAACUGUGGAUGAAGAAGUAGGCCAGAGCUCCGAAGCCCUCAAAAUCGACACCGCCGCAGCAUCACUUGUGGUUGCGCCGGGUUCCACGCGGUUUGCUCGUUGCCGGCUUAUUUCGAGGUCCAGCUAGUAGAACUCCGGUCGUCCAAGGGGGAAAACGAAAACCGCGGUGCUCUUGCGCAGCAGUAAGAAUUGUGCGCCCGGUGCACACUUCUAAGCUUUAGUUAUUUCUGGUGAUCCACCUCCUCCUCCACGAGAAAGAAACCUUCGCGCGCGUCAACUUCCAAGAUGGGAGCGUGUCACUGCGGUGGUAGUAAGAAAAAGGAACCAGCAGAUGAUGGGACUGCAGCAACGCUAACGCAGUCAAACGCACCAACACUACCACCGCAAGCAACAUCAGCGACUGCAGCGCAGGAACAAGAAGCUACAAACCUUCUUCCGGGAGAGAACUCAACAUCACUCACCGCUCCGGCCGAAGAGGCUGGCGCUUCCACCGUCGGCCCUGCCGCAAAUAAAUCUUCAAAGUUCGACGAGGCAAAGCGGUCGACCUCCCGCGAAGAGGAUGCUGCGUGGCUGCGAAAAUAUGGUCCGUCGAUGGAGGCACUGGCGAAGGAGGUGCUCGCCGGUUUGGAGGAUACCGAGGGACUACUAGUUUUCAUGAAUGAUUCUACAGACAAAAAAGAUGAUAAAAACACUUCGAGCAAGGCCGCCAAUAAUGAUGUUGACAAUCAAGCACCAAUACCACCGGCAAAAACUUCCAGUAAAACAUCAACAAACUCCCUGACCCCGGAGACAGACUACCUGGAACUGCUACUGCAGCUUCUGACAGAGGACGCGGACGAAAUUUUCUACGCGGUCAGAACCACCGAGGCGCUCGAGGAGGCUGUGGAGAGGUUGACGCGGAUCGGGACACUCUUGAUCGACAAGCAGUUCCUGCAAAUCGUGAAGUUGAACCGCGUGCUGCGCUUGUCCGAGGCGAAAUACAAGAUCAUCGAACUGGAAAACUUCCUCGCAAACUACAAGUCCGAGCUCAAGUUCGAACCCAUCAGCCCGAAUCCGUCGCAGCCAAAGUUGGUAAUCAUCGCGGAAGAGCAGGAGGUAUCCCGUGGAAGCGAGGCUGUGCCAUCCUUUUCGUGUGUAUUUGCGUCCAUUGAGAAUUGCAAUUGCAUCAACUCGAGUGGUGGUGUCUUUGUUUUUCAAUGAAUGAGAAAGAGAAAAGAGCUGCCGAGCCCUCCAGCUCGAUCUCAUCAUCAAAGAGGUGCCAUUUUUCUCAUCGUAUGAAUAAGUACAUUUGCCUUUGCAUGAUCUAAAAGUGCAAUUCGUACGAUAUGUGCGACGAGCGAUGUUGGCGUUUUUGCAAUGCAUAAAUCGACAGCAGUCCGAACUCGGGCAUAAACCCGAAAUCCGAGAAACACGGCCCGACGGAGAAGGAAGACGACGGAGUUUUGCGGGUGCGCACAAGCUAUGCAGGGCAAACACCUGGCCUCCGUGUUGUUGUAGUGUUAUUCUAGAUUAGAAGCAGGAACGUCUUUGUUGAAAUGCAAGCAAACGGGUUUGGAUGCGGAUGAGUGCGCACCAUCGGGAGUUUGAAACUUAAUCUGAUCCUGUGAAGAGGAGUCGCGAUACACUUUGCCAGAGGUGAUAUGAGGAACUCCUAGUGCCUUAUGCCAAAACAGCGCGCAGCUGAAAGUGAAACCGCAAUUGAUUCAGACUUCACACCCAACAGCAUUAAUACACAGCCUUGUUGCACUGCAUACAUGAAAGUUGACUGGCGCGGAUCAGGAAGUCGUCGUGACCAAGGAAAUCCGGCCGCCGCAGGGCGCUUACAGCAGCAGCGUAAGUGCGACGGCGAACAAAGCACCAGCUGACGGAACAACUGGCGCUGUCUCACCCUCUUCUGAGGCGAAUACAACAGACGGAGGCGCGACGACCAGUGCUGCUCCUAAUGGAGCAGUUCCACCCGCGACCACUUUUCUCGAUCCCGCCAUUGGAGGGGGCGGGAGCGGCGGCACGGGCCCGUUGCUGAAGGAACGGACGCUGUCCCGGGACAGUAAUCGAUCGCAGAACAGCACGGGGAGUCGGGCGAAGGUGCAGGUUCUCGUCCCGCCCGCGCACGCCGAGAUGGCGCAGUGUCUGUGCGACUACUUUCACGAGUGCAUGUCGGGCAAAUAUAAAAAAAUCGUCGACUCCAUCAACUUUACGCUGGAGCGGAUGACCGCGGCGCUGGGAGCGCUGUACAAGGAGCAGCGGUUGGCGGACUACGUGCCGUUCCACCUGAAAAAGAAGGACCACGUAUGAAUUGCAAAAGUAUCGUACUCGUAUAAAUGCUUUACAAACUUCUUCAGCAUGAGAAAGAAAAUUUGUGAUGCGGAUUUGCCUUAAGAGCAAGAUUUGCAAUGCAUGUUUGCAAUUACUACGAGCGCGAUACUUUUGCACAGGAUACCACGUGUACGACGUGGACGUAGAUUUCGACAUCCGCAUCAACUACGCGGCAGACAAGGGAAAAGUCUAUGCGUACUUUGACGCGAGCCCGAUUCCGAUCCCAAUCCAGCACAUUGCCAGCCUGGCGCACGAAGUAGAUCGUAUGAUCGGUUUGGAAUUUCAAAGAGGUCGUCAAGCUCAACUAAGAAAGCUCCACCUCAUUUCGUUAAUCUAGCGCUACUCCUUGGCUCUUCGCACACAUUUGUCUCCUGCUUGCGGCAACACAAACGACCAAAACAGAGGGAAAUCCAUCGGUCGGCGUCAACGCCAUAGAAUUUUUGCUUUCUCACUGGGCGGGUGCGGCGGGAAGAUGGAGGUAGAGCUUGAGUGAGGCUUGCCGGAAGUUUUGAAGUUUUUUGCCUGCAUACUUCUCUGGUCAGAGCUUGUUCCCUACGUUCCGAGCAUCGACAUCGUGAAACAGUGGUCCUUCGCAGACAGGGUCCACAAAGUGACCAUGGCGCCGCCGAUACCGUGGUCCAGAAACAUCGAGUGCUACAUGCACCGCUCGCUGUGCGAUUUAAUGGAACUGGAUGCCACAAAUUCGGUGCUACAAAUCCAGCCAAAACUGUACCAACCGACCUGGAUGCCGUCGGAUUGUACUGAUUUUCAUUGUAGUGCAGUUUGUAGCAUCGUGGUGGAAGAACAGACUCUAUCGUCGUGAAAGUUGUGCCUUCGAAUGAACAAUGGCCGAGCAGCUCUGUUGCUACAGAGGUGGUCCUGGUCCUCGUGGUUCUUGUUGCAAAACAAGACGAUCAUAUUAGUUCUCCUUUUUAAUUAAAAAUCCAAAUUCACAACCCGUUUACACGACGACACGCGUCUUCUACAACACAACGACUCUACAAAAUCAUCCAGGUACCCAGCAGCUGAAGGAGCGGUACCACUACCAGGCCGGCAUUGCGAUUUUCGAGGCGAGUCCGAAACCCUACCCCGCGAUCCGUCAGGCGGUCCAGGAAAAUCCCGAACGGGACUUCCCCUGGCGCGACAUCCGAAUCCCGGGCGUCCCGAAGGACAAGCAGAAGAAAGUCUAUCACAGCAAAAAGUGUUAACAUUAACGGAAUUUGUGAUGCAGCAAGCAGCAAUGCAUCACAAAAGAUGCCAAGAUUUGUAAUGCAUAGCAUGCAUAUUGGGCGACAUUUGUGAUGCAUGUGCAGGUAGAUGAGUUGUCGUAUAGGAUGAAUUGCACCCAAAUACGUAUUAGGAAUCCAGCAAAGCUUACAUCGUAUCGUAUUGCGAAAGCUCGAAAACAGCGAGCAAAGCACUUUACCAGCCAAUUUCUUCAAAAGCGAAAAUGGCGGACCCUGUGUCGUAUUUGCCCAAAAACGAAGGCAAUAGCUUAGCAGCUGAAUUGUCACAAAGCGAAGCAAUUCAGCGCAGAAACACAAUGCAGCCUAUCUCGGUCGAUCGGAAAUAUAUUUGCCGGCAAAAGCCAGUGACAAGCUUUGAAGCAAGAAGACAGCAGUCCACGAAAGUGGAAGUGCCCGACACGCUUCCAGGCGCCUCCGAUAGAAGCGGUCGCUCUACGUCUACAAGGCCGGUCGGCGGUCGCGCGGAAGGGCUGCGCAGGCGCUUGGCAUAUGGCGCGACUGGCAGUGUGCGUGCCGACGUGCUCCGCAUAGCAGUAGCACUGCUUUAAACUUAAAGCAAAAGCGAAAAUAGGCAGCGCGCGCGCCCUAAUUUCGCAUCGCGCCAGCAUGCGAAAGAGGGCCCGGGGGGGGCGGGGGGGGUACACAGCCGCCCCCAGGCGUUAUCUAUGGGCUAUGCCAGGCGCGAGGCGUGCCGAAAAAUCAUAAUGUUGGGAGGCUUGCGGCAAUUUGCUCGGAACGCUCCACCGCCACACGCGCAACCAUGCCCAGGGCCCAGGAGAGCACUCCUUGGCAGUACCCCCGCAAACUGGCUGCGGUAAAGCGCAGCGCCUGCAGCUUUUUACCCGUUCCGCCAUGCUUUUGCCCUCGAACAAGUGCGCGCGGAAGCCUAGGGCCCCGAGCAAUCAAGCCUGCGCGGAUCAGGUGAUAAUCACGUGAGGAGUCACGUGAUAAUCACAUGAUUUUGGCGGCCCAUAAGCCAUUUUGAGUUGUCUUCAUCACGUGAUAAUCACAUGAUUAUCACGUGAUGACGACCCCGGAAAGGCGACGGCCAAAAUUUCAAGAUAUGACGCUCCCCCCGUCAUACGUGGAACCCAAAGCGGCAAAACAGUAACGAUUCACGAAGAAAACGGAGCAAAGACGAAAGUCGAACGUAUGAGCUAUAUUGUGACAAUUCAGAUCGCGCCAGAAACUACACAACAAAAAGUCAAAAAAGCAACUCAGCAUGGAGCAAUUCAGAUUACUGCAUGCAUGCCUGCAAUCUGUGAAAGCCGUUAACUUUAACACUUUUUCCUGCGAUAAAGUCGCCCGGUUUAACACGGAGUGUUUCUUGAUCAUCGGCACACCGUACUUGAUCGCGAACCCCCAUUUCGACCCGAAAAAGCCGGCCACGUUCGGGGACGACAACACAAACCCGAAGGCGCUCGAGGCGUUCCGGGCGCGGGGGAUGGUGGAGGUGGACUGGAACCCCUGGGUGCGAACGAUGUGCCCCAACGUGCUAGUGCGGUACAUCGCGAAGAAAAUUUGCAGCCAGUUGCUAACAAAAAUGAUGGAGGUGCACAAGAAUUUCGACCAGAGCGAGCACAAGCGGCGGCUGGAGCAAGAUGCGGAAAGGAGAUUCGUUCUCGGUCAGCUAGCCGACCGGGUACAGGAAUAUUUAAAGAAGCGCUUCAAGAAGGUGAAAUAGGAAUAGCGAGAACAAAGGGGAUACUAAGGAGCGGCGGGCGAACAGGACAAGUGAUGCGAGAUAGCAGACGUAGACGAUGAUCGUCUACUACGUGAAGAUCGUCCAAAAAGUGGUUUCCUUGCGCUUCGUCCUCCACAAAAACAAAAAGUGUGCGCCGAGCAAGGCAUUAAACAUGCAAAGGCCGCUUCGCGACUACAGCGCAGAGAGCUUCGAUGCUGGCACCGAAACAUGAUUACCAGCAGUCUAGCACAUGUUCAUUCGCAGUCUCUCGAAAGACGAAGAUCUCCCGUCUAAGUAGCAGGCCAGCUACGAUUUUCAUCGCAUCUUCGUUCACCAGCAAGAAAAAGUUCGAGCGUACUCCUCCCCAGCUGUGAGAGCUCCUGAACGCAGAAUUUAGCUGCGGGUUGGGGAUAAAGCGCGCGUUUGAUGUCUUCUGUGCAGUCGGGCGAACGGAUUUGUGGAACGAAGAUAAGGCCGAAGAUGCUACCUGUUUCGAGUCGGCCGUUUUUUUAUGGCCGAAGCACCAAAAACAAAAAAUCUAAAGAAAGCCCGAGCUUUCGCUGUCCACCAGUUCUUCCAACGACAGCUCCUCCGAAAGAGCAGCGGCAGACAAGUAGGUUGACGAGCUGCAACAAAUGCAAUACGUACAGUAAUGGGCGGAAAGCUCGCUGAGCUCCACCGUUAAGACGACGUCGGUGCGAAAACAUACUCCCGACGAUGGUGGUGGUAAAACCACAGAAAUUUUCCAGACAACGGCGCGUCACAAGGAAAGAUGGCGCUCCUGUCGCAUCUUCGAAUGAAUUUAGAUCUCGUUGAGAAGCAAUGAUUUCGGUGCAGCCUUCACCCAUUUAUUUCGAAGAAAUGCUGGUAAAAUCAAUUCGCAAUGACUGCCCCCCACAAGGGAGGUUCAUUCUCGUUCUGGAAACAAGUUGAAGAACCAAGGAAAUUUUCAAAAAGAAAAAAGACGAG